GGAUGCUGAGAUCGAGGACCUGAAGACGCAGCUCUCGCGGAUGCAGGAGGACUGGAUCGAGGAGGAGUGCCACCGCGUGGAGGCCCAGCUGGCGCUGAAGGAAGCCCGCAAGGAGAUCAAGCAGCUGAAGCAGGUCAUCGACACGGUGAAGAACAACCUGCUGGAGAAGGACAAGGGCCUCCAGAAGUAUUUCGUGGACAUCAACAUCCAGAACAAGAAGCUGGAGACGCUGCUGCACAGCAUGGAGGUGGCGCAGAAUGGGGCGCUGAAGGAAGACGGGGCCGGCGAGUCGGCCGGGGGGUCCCCAGCCCGAUCCCUCACCCGCAGCUCCACCUACACCAAGCUGAGCGACCAGGGGGCCGGGGACCGCAACGUGGGGGGCUCGCAGACCAUCUCGCUGGACGAGGGGGCCGACAGCGGCUUUGCCGGGACGGAGGAGGCUCCCGGUCACACGGACCCACGGGAGGUGGGGGGCGAAGCCGGCACCCGCCUGCCCCCCAGCUCCACCUACGAGAAGCUGCUGGGGCUACGGGGCGGCGUGGAGGCGGGGGUGCAGGCCAGCUGCAUGCAGGAGCGGGCCAUCCAGACGGACUUCGUGCCCUGCCAGCCCGACCUGGACACCAUCCUGGAGAAGGUGAUGAAGUCCCAG